AUGUCGCAGACUCAUCCAAGCAAGCACGGCAGGCGGCAAGCCCGUCAAGGGACGGCUGCUCGGCGGCAGUCGGUGCCUAACCCGAGCCCCGCUCCAGGGGGUGAGGGGCCCCGGCCAGCUCUGCGCCCCGGCGGUGUCUCCGAGGGGCAGCCGGUGCCGGUGGCUGCGGGCGCUGCACCGCCGCCGUCUGAAGUCAGACCCUCGGGGGCCGCGGGAGCUGCAGCCGCGGCGGAGGGGCAGGGGGGGCCAUGCUCCGGGAGCGCGGGCGCUGCGGUGCCGGAGGGGGAGGGCCCUUCCCUGGUUGGACGAGGCGGGGGUGGGCGCCGGUGCCGCCUGCAGCCGCCGCGGGGGCUCGGCGGGGCUGUGCCCGCGGUGCGGAGCGGCGGCCCCGCCGGUGCUGAACGGACAGCGCCGCGCGCCGCCGCCGGGCCGAGCGCGCUGCCGGUGCGGGCGGCGGGGACCGCGGCGCCGCCGCUGCCGCUGCUCCUCCCGCCGCUGCUCCGCCCGCCGCUCCUCCCGCCGCCGCCGCCGCUGCCGGGCGGCUCGGUGCAGCCCGCCCGCUCGCCGGACAGGGCCGCGCAGGCGCGUCGCUCCCGCCCCGCCGCCGCUCGCCGGGUCCUAGCGCCGGCCGCGCCCCGAAGGCGCCGUCCCCGACUCCCGCCGCCGCCCCGGCCCCCGGGGCCCCUCGGCCGUCACUUCGCGUGA